AUGGGUACCGACAACUCUAACAGGGUCGGGUUGGUUAUAUCCACCACAGACUCCAUUCGGGUUUUCCUCUCCGGAGCGUCGAAAGACGCGACUCUUUCCGAUGAACUUCGACAAACGUCCUCCGAAUUGCUCCUCCAAUCGGAGGUGCCCUACGCAUCACUUCGCGCCGUGUGGAUGGCCUCUGAUCCAUCCACUAGACCCAACUUGACUCGACUCUUUUCCGGCACUCGUCUCGUCUUCACCAGCCCUAAGCCCAGAGAGAAGAGUGAAGAAUUGAAAGCGAGGCUGAAAAAGCUGGAAGAUAUAGCGGAGCGGAAAGCGUAUCAAGAGCUUGUGAAGGAUAUUGCACCGCCUAAGGAUGUUACGGAACCAUUCUCUUCUUACAAGGAUCAAUUAGGGUUUGGUUUGCAUGUUGUGGUUACCAUGUUUACUGGCUAUCUUCUUGGAUAUGCAGCAUUUAGAGCCUUGUUUAAUCACAGUCCUGCCAUGAAUGCUGCUGGAGGAAUUCUGGGGUUGGUUGGUGCCAUGUUUGUUGAAACUUUCCUUUUCAUUAUUAGAAGUUCCAAUGCAGAUGCCAACAAAACAAAAAAACCGAGAUCAUCCUUUUCAGCAUCCAGUUCUAAGAAAAAUCAAUAG